AAUUCCCCUCUAGUCUUGCUCUUGCGGCUUGUGCUAUGCAGUUUCCUGUUCAGGGUCCCCAUCAAGAGAGAAACCAUGGCGGCCACAGAGAUAGCUCGACAAGCGGGAGAAGGUGCCCGCGCUGUUCCUCUCGCCGGCCAUGUUGGCUUCGAUAGCAUGCCAGACCAGCUGGUCAACAAGUCGGUCAGCCAUGGCUUCUGCUUCAACAUCCUCUGCGUUGGAGAGACAGGCCUGGGGAAGUCGACUCUCAUGGAUACCCUGUUCAACACCAAGUUUGAGGGGGAGCCCAUGCAGCACAACCAGCCUGGGGUGCAGCUCAAGUCCAACACCUACGAGCUGCAGGAGAGCAACGUGCGCCUCAAGCUGAACGUGGUCAACACCGUCGGCUUUGGAGACCAAAUCAACAAGGAGGACAGUUACAAGCCUAUCGUGGAGUUCAUUGACACCCAGUUUGAGGCCUACCUCCAGGAGGAGCUCAAGAUCAAGCGCACCCUCCACAGCUACCACGACACACGUAUCCAUACCUGCCUCUAUUUCAUCUCUCCCACGGGGCACUCGCUUAAAUCUCUGGAUCUUGUCACCAUGAAAAAGCUGGACAGCAAGGUCAACAUCAUCCCUAUCAUUGCCAAAUCAGAUGCCAUUUCUAAGAGUGAGCUCACCAAAUUUAAGAUCAAGAUUACAAGUGAGCUAGUCAGCAAUGGAGUCCAGAUAUACCAAUUCCCCACAGAUGACGAGACCGUGGCUGAGAUCAACUCCACCAUGAAUGGCCAUUUACCGUUCGCUGUUGUGGGCAGCACUGAGGAAGUGAAGAUUGGGAACAAGAUGGUGAGAGCGAGGCAGUACCCCUGGGGGACAGUGCAGGUGGAGAACGAGAACCAUUGUGACUUUGUGAAGCUGCGGGAGAUGCUGAUCCGGGUGAACAUGGAGGACCUGCGGGAGCAGACGCACACGCGCCACUACGAGCUCUACCGCCGCUGCAAGCUGGAGGAGAUGGGCUUCAAGGACACCGACCCCGACAGCAAACCCUUCAGUCUGCAGGAGACGUAUGAGGCCAAGAGGAACGAGUUCAUGGGAGAGCUUCAGAAGAAGGAGGAGGAGAUGCGGCAGAUGUUUGUGCAGCGAGUGAAGGAGAAAGAGGCCGAGCUGAAGGAGGCUGAGAAGGAGCUGCAUGAGAAGUUUGAUCGUCUGAAGAAGCUGCACCAGGACGAGAAGAAGAAGCUGGAGGACAAGAAGAAGUCCCUGGACGAUGAGCUCAACACCUUCAAGCAGAAGAAGACCGCUGCUGAGCUCCUGCAGUCCCAGGCUCAACAGGCAGGGGGCUCCACCACACUCAAGAGGGACAAAGAGAGGAAAAACUGAUUUGACUCCAACAUCUGACCAAGGAAGACACUUGCACUGAGAAGUUCAGGAUUCCUGUAGAAAGUGCUCCUUCCGCCCGCUGUGAAAGAGUUUACACCCCAUAUCUCCUGAGCCAUGCUGUCCUUUGCCUCCUCCCCCAUUCCCCAUCCCCCCGACCCCUCCUCCCUCCCCUGCUCUGAGGCUGGAUCCCCAUAGAUGUGAAUGGAAUCCUUAACUCAAAUGCCUUUCUUUUAUACUGAACAGUUGUCUCUGAAGAGCCAGUCAGCCCCAUCCCACUUCCCAGAGAAGCUAGCAUUUUGAACUGUAUGUUUGUUGUUGUUCUGACGAAAGGCCUGUAGAUCUGCAUGAUUUGAGUGUGUUCUAACCGUAACGUGCACCUGUGACCCCAGUUAACAGGCAGGAGUUCAUAAGGCAGGCUAAAUGAGGGCAAACAUCAGCUGUAGGACCGACUGGACAUUGCACACCCCUUGCAGGCUGUGCUGUUAAAACUGGGUGUGGCGGCAUAUCUCUGCAGCCAUGCCAUUCUUACACUGCCAUGUUUGGGAAAAUUCUUUUAAAAAUCAGAAAAUGCUGGCGUGUGAUUUCCCAGUGUUCAUAGGACCAUUUGGAAGACAGUGGUAUGGGACGGCAUGCUGAUGUUUGUGCCCAUUUUAGACUGGUGCAUGUGCAGUUAGUUGUUAAGGGCCUCAGUCAGUUUCUAUCAUACCUCAUUGUCAUUUUUUACUUGCUAAAAGCACACUUAUGUUAGCUUCAUUAGCUUCCACGUUGGGACAUUUGAGCCAAAUGUGAACAACUUUUUAUAUUGUUUUCAUUGCAUUUUUAAACUAGUUGUGAUUUAUGUGAAGUCCACUUGGCGGUGUGGUCCUCUCGUUUCAGAACAAAAAGUGACUAUUAAACAGGAGCCAGUAUUGCACUUAUAUCAGUGUACACUCCCUAAAAAGCGUUUAAAUCUCUUUAAAAAUAAAAUGUUAUAUUUACCAAA